UGAAAGCAGCAGAUUUCCUGUCUGCACAGGUUGGGCGGCAGAAUACGGAACAGAAGCGCUGCCGGGACAACAGUGACAGUGCAGACCCGUGUAGAUCGCCGCUAGCCGUCCGAACCGGUUCGCUCGUUCGUCUCCUCACUGAAGAAUAUGGAUCUGAGCGCGUUCGUCCAGAACUGCGCCACUGGCUGAGGCGGGGAGCGCGUGCAAACUGAGCAGACGGCGCCGCGCGUCUCCUCCCUCCCGUCGGUUCGGUUGAGUUCCUCUCCGCCGGCAUCGGGUGUCUCAAUGGCGGAGCCGGCGGAACCAGCGCCGGAGAGCGGGGAGGAGGCGAAGCCGGAGCGCAUCAACGACGCGGAGCUGGCCCUGAAGGGGAUCAACAUGCUGCUCAACAACGGGUUCAAGGAGAGCGACGAGCUGUUCCGCGCGUACAGGAACCACAGUCCCUUGAUGAGCUUUGGGGCCAGUUUUGUGAGUUUUCUGAACGCUGUGAUGACGUUCGAAGAGGAGAAAAUGCAGAUGGCCUUUGAGGACCUCAAAGCCACAGAGAGACUCUGCGAGAGUGAAAAUAUGGGAGUCAUCGAAACCAUUAAAAACAAGAUAAAGAGGAAUGUGCACUCUCAGAGGUCGGGGGUGGCGGCGGUGGACCGACUCCAGAGGCAGAUCAUCAUCGCAGACUGUCAGGUUUACCUUGCAGUGCUGUCUUUCAUCAAACAAGAGCUGUCGGCUUACAUCAAAGGAGGCUGGAUCCUCCGGAAAGCCUGGAAGAUGUACAACAAGUGCUACAGCGACAUCACGCAGCUGCAGGAGGGCAGCCGGAGACGAGCAUCCGAGCAGCAGGCCCUGUCCGCCUCCUCUGACUCGUCCGAGCGCAGCCGCUCGUCGUCCCCCAAGCCCGGUCCGCCCCGGGGCCCGGACCGGAUCAGCCCGGAGGCCCUGGAUCGGCUCAAGGGCUCGGUCAGCUUCGGCUACGGCCUCUUCCACCUCUGCAUCUCCAUGGUGCCGCCGAACCUGCUGAAGAUCGUCAACCUGCUGGGCUUCCCCGGCGACCGUCUCCAGGGCCUGUCGGCGCUCGCAUACGCCAGUGAAAGUAAGGACAUGAAGGCCCCCUUAGCUACCCUCGCCCUCUUGUGGUACCACACGGUAGUGCAGCCCUUCUUCGCUCUGGAUGGCACAGACACACAGGCUGGCCUAACAGAAGCCAAAUCCAUUCUCAAACAAAGGGAGGCCACCUACCCGCAGUCCUCCCUCUUCAUGUUUUUCAAAGGCAGAGUCCAACGCCUCGAGUGCCAGAUCAGCAGUGCCUUGACGUCCUUCAAUGAGGCCUUAGAACUGGCCUCCGACCAGAGGGAAAUUCAGCAUGUGUGUUUAUAUGAAAUAGGCUGGUGCAGCAUGAUCGAACUCAACUACGGAGACGCCUACAGAGCCUUUGAGCGUCUAAAGUCCGAGUCCCGCUGGUCUCAGUGCUACUACGCCUAUUUAACUGGAGUUUGCCAAGGAGCCACAGGGGACCUGGAGGGAGCCUUCGCCGUUUUCAAGGACGUUCAGAAACUUUUCAAACGCAAGAACAAUCAGAUUGAGCUGUUCUCCAUGGAGAGGUCUGAGAAGCUGAGGAGCCCCAGUGUGUCCAAAGAGCUCUGCAUCCUGUCCGUGAUAGAGAUACUUUACCUGUGGAAGGCGCUGCCCAACUGUUCCACCGCCAAGCUGCAGACAAUGACACAAGUCCUGCGGAGGAUUGAUGACGUUUCAUGUGCAGGCCUCAAAAACCUGCUUCUUGGAGCCAUAAAUAAAUGUCUUCAAAACACCAAAGAUGCCAUCCAGCAUUUCCAGCUGGCUUUGAGGGAUGAGGUUUGUCGUCUGACCAACUCCUAUGUGCAGCCCUACGCUUGCUAUGAACUGGGCUGUGUGUUGCUGAACACCCCAGAGUCUGCCACCAAGGGCCGAAUGCUGAUGCUUCAGGCUAAGGAGGACUACGCUGGCUAUGACUUUGAGAACAGGCUCCACGUUCGCAUUCAUUCGGCGAUAGCGUCCAUGCCGCCUCUGGCUCAGCCGUGAGCGCCUUGGAGACAGGACUGGAAUAAACGGUCAGAAAAGCUGCAGCAUUGUGGGAACUUUGGCUCCACAGUUUUUAGUUUUCCUAUUUUGAGCCAAUGCAUCAUUAUUAUGUGCAAUAAAAAGGCUUUUUACUGAUGUUACUGUACUGCACAACUAAAUACACUGGGUUGCUGUUUCUAUGAAUAAUUUCUAAACUAGAUGCCAGUUACAUUUGCCUAAAUCCACAGUUUCAAAGGCAUCAGUCGUUCUGCUACCACAGAGGGUCAGUAUGUCUUCAGAGAAGCCUGAUCCUGGCACAGUAGUGGCACCAAGUAUUAACUCAAAAGGCACAUAACACGUUUGUUACCAUGUCAGUGGUGGUUUGUGCUGUAAAGCUUUGCCAGUCUAUAGGCACGAGUGCUAAACGGUGAGCUUUUUCUUUUUUUUUUUAAUUGUUGCUGUAGCUUCUUUUUUGGAAGACAUUUUUAAAUCGAUGUUAACGUUUUAAUGAUGCCAACAUCCUGUUGUUCCACUAAAGGGUGGCCUAGUGGUUUACUGUAAACUGGUUCUACUUUGUUUUAAGAUGAUAGAAUUAAAAUUGUAAACGCAAACGUGUAUCCACUAUUUGAGUGUUUAGUUUAAAGAGGACGCUGAGUGAACACUUUUACACGUUGUUUAGCAACAGUACUUGUGUUUAACAGUGUCGCGUAAGUGUUCUGUUUAUUUAAAUGCAGGAUUCCCUGAACACAACCAGCAGGUAACAUUUACAGCGCUUCUCUUGUUCUUGUCAUGAAGGAGCACAAUCCAGACACACAUUGCCUAUUUAAAAUAAAGCACCAAUUACAUCA